UAUUUAUAUUAUUUUUAUUUUUUAUAUGUGGUUAUUGAAGGCAAGAAAAUGGUAGCUUGGAGUGGUUUGUUCCGAUCGAGCGGACAAGCUCUUAUUCGUAAUAGUAAAUCACUCAUAUCAAAUACAAUAAAAAAUGAUAUUCUUAAACGUUCUAUGUCAGAACAUCGUGUUAUGCAAAUUGUACCUUCACGCUGGCACUGGGAUAAAACCAAGGAUCUUGUUCAUCUCUACUUUUUUGUAGGUGCAAUACCACUUGGAAUUCUUAUCAUGUGGUCAAAUAUAUUUAUUGGACAUGCACAGCUUUCACCAAUUCCUGAAGGAUAUGUACCAAAAGAAUGGGAAUAUUGCAGGAGUCCAAUUACAAGAUUUUUCGUUAAAUAUAUAUACACAAGUGAACAACAAGAGUAUGAAAAAUACUGUCACUUUCUCUGGACUGAAAAAGAAAUCAUGAAAGUACGAGAGCUUGAAAAAAGAGUUAAAGAAUUGAUGUCUGAAAGAAAUGAUUAUCAAGCUUGGUAUUAUGUACCAUUUAUAAGUGCAAAUUAUGUUCGUCGUCAAGCACAGAAAGAAAAAGAUGUUAGUGAUAUUUAUGCUUCUGCUUAAAAUUAAAGUAUAUAUUUGAUUAAUUAAAAAGAAAUAAAUAGAAGUAUAAAAUACUUAA